AAGGCUCAAAUAGCAAGUUAAAAUAUAAUCCAAAAUUUGGCACUGAAUAAGACAGUUUAACAAGGAAAAUAUUUAAUAAAUAUUACAUAAUAUUCUUAUAACUCUUCUUGAGUGUGACAUGAAGAAGAAUCUGGAAAAUCAAAAAAGGGUCGCGGCUGGUCACCAUCUAAUAUCAGCCUUGUUAUAUAGUCUGCACAAUAUAUUACGGCAACCAGAAGUCCUGUGUUGCCGUAAUGUAUUUGUAACACUUUUUUUCUAACACUUAGGUCUGCUUUAUUAAUGUAUUUAAUGUUUUCUUAAUCCAGUAGCCGAAACUGGAAUCCCUAGCGCUUAAACGAAACGACAGUGGCUCAUUGAUAUCACUCCGAAUUAAAUUUAUUUUUCGGUCUCGCAAUCAACGGGAAUCGAAACUAAAUUUGGGUGGACGGGCUCAUAAUUGCCGCGCGCUGUUCUUUAGCUUGAGCUCGGCGGUUCUCUCUCAGGCGUUUGCCGUACGGCGCUGCACAUUGGGGAGAAUCAAAUUGCCCACGUAUGCCUCUCCCUCAUCCCACACAGAUCCUCGGGCGAGUCACGCACUCAAGCCACUGACCGGGGCCGAGGCGCUGCGAAGGCCCGCGCUCCCCCUCCCGUGCUGAAAGUUAUGUGGGAAAGGGUGCCUGGUUCCUCCGAGCCCACCCAUACUGCGCUCAUCACGUCCCAGCCUUGAGGGAGGAGCCAUGCUAUUUGCAGCUUGCCCUGUAGCCUUACGCGAGAGGAAGGAGAGGGGGCACCUCUUGGCGGUGGAAGGCAGAGAAAAUGGCUCAAGUCCGCGUCUUUGGGGGUCACGCGGUUACUGGAAUCUAAAGGGAUCAAGGGUCCGCCCACGUAGCCGCUAUGGAAACAUGACAGCUGAGGAGAGUCCAGCCAACAGCUGACCCAAGCGGCUGGAUCGUGCCUGAUUCUGCUUUUUGCACAACUAAGGAAAAGAUAGAAAAGGUUUCCUGAAGAAGAGGACGUUCAGUUAAAGAAGAACAUUCAUCCAGAGGGAAGAAUCUCAAGAUUUGUUGAUGGAUUUCAUAUGGAAUAUCAUUUAAUGUGCUGAGAUAAAUAGAAGAACAGGCCACAUACCUUUCUGCUGCUUUUUAUAUUUCAGGUUCAUAUACUAAGAGCUACGUGUGAUAUAUGAAACCUGCAGGAGAUGUUGUAAUGACUGUGAAAUUGCACUGAGGACAGAUCUUGCUCCUUCCAUUUUUUUUUUGUGAUUACUACUCUUAGUAUUGUGGUGAUUGAUUAUUUUCUACAGUAAGUGAGCUUGUUGCUUUGUCUGGUUCCUUUGUUUAAAAAAAAAGAGAGAAAGAAAGAUGUCUGAUCCUGAUGCCCAUCAAGAUGCUGGUAUCAAGCCAGGCUUGUUGGAAAAAAGCAACAAUUCUGGUGAUUCUCAGCCCUCAAUCAAUUUGGAAAGAAGGAACAAAAGUGGGAUAAUUAGUGAACCAUUGAACAAAAGUCUUAAGAAGUCUCGACCACUGUCCCAUUACUCUGCUUUUGGUAGCAGCAGCUCAUUAAGUGAACAUUCAGAGAAAUGUGUCCCUAUGGCCAACAGCAGUGAGGCAAUCGUGGAGAAAAGCAAUUCUACCUCAAAGCACAAAACCAUCUCUGACAUGUUGAGCAAAUCAGAUAUUUCUUUGGAAGGACAGAACAUCUUGCAACAGUUUGCUCAGUCCACAGAGUUGCUCAAAAGAGUAGUCCAGGAGCACAUCCCCCUGCCUAAUGACCACGGGACGGGCAUCUCAGACAUGGAAGCUGUCUCAGCUGCUGAAACAAUGAACAACCCAUCUGAUUUUCCUUACCUGGGGGCUUUUCCCAUCAACCCUGGCCUUUUCAUUAUGACCCCUGCUGGUGUAUUUUUGGCAGAAAGUGCACUCCAUAUGGCUGGCUUAGCAGAGUACCCAAUGCAGAAUGAAUUGGCAUCUGCCAUCAAUUCAGGGAAAAAGAAACGAAAACGAUGUGGCAUGUGCCCUCCUUGCAGAAGACGAAUAAACUGUGAGCAGUGCAGCAGUUGUAGGAACCGUAAAACUGGACAUCAGAUUUGCAAAUUCCGAAAAUGUGAAGAACUUAAAAAGAAGCCUUCUGCUGCACUGGAGAAAGUGAUGCUUCCUACAGGUGCUGCAUUCCGAUGGUUUCAAUAGGAACAAGAAUCCCAAAGCUCUAUCUUCCAGUGCAAUGUCACUGCUUGCUUGUGUUGUCUCAGGCAAGGAAUUUUUUGACGGAAAUAAAUGGAUGCGCCUAUGUCUCCUUUAGAACCAAAAAUAUUUUCUUGCAGAUUUCAUUCCUUUUUUUUUAAAUAUAAUUUUUCGGCAUUUGUUUAACAUCUUUUAAGUACUAGUAAAACAAGCAUUAAUGUUUUCAAAUAAUUUUUUAAAAGAAUCCAUAAAGUAUCGAGAUGUAAUAGACUAUGGACAAUCAAUCAAUUUGUUUUCCUGUGUUUUGGUGUUGAUGUUGUUUAUGUGUGGAAGAUGCAGUUCUUGUGUAGAGAAUGUAAAUUUACAGUAACCUUUUAAAUCUAGUUACUAAUACGCACUACUGUAAUUAGCACAGCAAUUUCUUCAUUUAUCUGAUUGAUUUCCAUCAUUAAAGAAAAAUAGUGUGGCUAGUUUCUAGAAUGCCUCAAUUCAUGUUUAUAAAUGAAAAUAUAUUUAAAAUAAGGUAGUUUCUUUUCCCUAAUUCUACAGAUAAGACAAGAUUUAAUCAACAAGAUGUCUUGUCUGGUCUUAUAAAGUGAAAAUAUAUUGAAAACUGGCAUUUUUCAAAAGAAAAGCAAAAAUAAUAAAAUUUAGAACCAAAUAAAAUUGCAUAGUAGAGUAAACCCAGAACUAAUUGCAAUGAUUCACUUUUAGAAACCAUUAGGAAAUAUUGCUGGAAUUCCAAUGUAAGCUGUUGCAGAACCUGUGCUGAAAAAAUAUAGAAGUCCUUUUUUAUGUUGAAAAUCCCUCAUCUCCUGCUUUCUUAUCAUCUCUAAUGGAAAGGCUGUUUGUAAUGUUCUAGCAAUUCAAGCUAAGCUGUUUUGUGAAUAAAAAUGAAAGCAUGUUUUGUGUCAUGGUUUACAUCUUCAUUAUUCUGUCCAUCUUGGGUGCAUGCCAGGAUGUUUGAUUGCUUGGGUGGGGGUACCAAGUCUAAAAUGACCUGUUAUAUGUUGUUUUUUCCUAUAAUGUUUUCCAAUGUUUGCCUUUCUUGGCCUCAACAAAUUUAAACUACGCAGAUUUGAUAAUACUUCAGCAUUUUGGUUCUAAUUUUUGAUAUAAGGUAUUAUACAUGUUUAAUAGUAUGAAUGACAUAAUUUUAUGUUUUCUUCUGUCUACGUAUGUAACUGAUUAUCUGAUCUGAUCAUGUUCCAAAAAUAUAUGAUGUACUGAAUCUGGGUUUGGUAUAGCCUUCUUAACAGUUUGGUCAGACAAACAAUUAAACAUUUAAUAAAUAUAAUUAUGUUUUAAUAAGGCUGCUCGAUUUUAGAAUUAGAAUUCUACAUAGCACUUAUGUUGGCAAAUUUAUAGGAAUAGAAGAUGUCUUGGCCCUUAAAUCUCAUGAUCUGCAUGUGGCUUCUGAGAGAACUAGGUAUUUGCUUGAAUUAGGCUGCCAACUGCAGUGUUCACAAUCAAUCAAAGGCAGCCAAUAUAUAGAAUGGUCCAACUUGCUCUAUAAACCGCUGUCAGUUUGACUUGGCUGACUUGGAUAUUUGGGGAAAUCUUUCUCUUUUUUCUUUCCUUGCAAUCCUUAUUUUUAAUUUAGAAAGCACAAGUCACUGGCCACUUAAAGUUGCUAGUCACUCAAUGGAUCAGCACAUGAGGUUGCAUUUUUACUUUUUUUAAUUUUGUAGAAGAAAUCAAGUAUUAAUAAACUUUACAUUUCAUGAGGCAAUGUCAAUAUGCAACAAAAAUUGUACUUACGUUUGUUUUGUCAAUGAAAAAUUAUUAGGUGGGUGUUUAGAGAUGAAACACAGUGCUUUUGAAAAAGUGCCAAGAGGAGAUUAUCAGUAAAGGAACUUUCAUACAA